AUGUUUAAAAAUAAAUUUCAUCUGAACACUACUACAGUAGGAAUUGGUGGAUGUAGACUCAAUGAUACAAGUAAUUGCUCGUAUGAGUUUCAAUUAUUUAUAUUUAAAUGCCAACUUAAAUUAGCAGCUGAAUUAAAACUUCCAGUUGUAUUUCAUAAUUGUGGAAUCAAUUCAUUUGAAAUAACGCUACGCGAGCUGAAAUUACAUUUGAACAAUACCCAUAAAAUUCAUUGGCAUUGUAUCAAUUCAAAAAGCGAUUUAAAUAUUAUAUCAAAUUUUCUUAAUUAUUUUAAAAAUUCUUUGAUUGGUUUAAAUGGAUCAAUGACAACACCAUACGACAACGAUUCUAAAAGAAUCUUCAACAAUUGGUUACUUACACAACAAGAUAUUUUAGAUCGCAUAAGAAUUGAAGCAGAUUUUCCUUUUCUACGACCAUCCACAUUAGAAACCAAUCAAUAUAAUCCAAUUAGCGGGAUAACAACUGGAGCACAACAUAUUGUUAAUAUGUUACGAAUCAAAAAACUGAACGCUACAAAAAUCAUUGAUCGAUCCAAUAAUAAUAUGCGACGAAUGUAUGGUAUUAAUUAA